AUGGGCAGCUAUCAGGAUGCUAAUUACUAUAGAGGUUCUUGGUGCUGUCGGCUAAUUUUAUUUGUCAUCUGGCUUCCUACUUUCUUACAUGUGACAGCACACAUAUCACAUGUCAACCAUAGGCAAACCACUUCACUAGUUGAGUUAGCUAAGGAACCUACUUCUGGAGAUUCUGGGCUCUUUGACCGCAUAGAAAUAUCACCUUCUGUCAUACCUAUAGUUCCAUUUCCCACCGAGUCUGUCCCACCAAUGUAUCCUAUUCCUUAUGUCCCAACCAGAUAUGAACCAGUUUUAACUGGUAAGUGCCCUGUAAACUUUUCACGACCAGAAAUUUCAAAUAUCCUCGAUAAAGCAGCAUUUGAUUGCUUUGGGCCUUUAGCAACCCUCGUAGGGAAUGUUGUAUGUUGUCCACAAUUUAGUAGCUUAAUCCACAUCUUCCAGGGUUUCUUUGGCAUGAAAUCCAAUAAUCUGGUUUUGUCAAAUGCAGUUGCUGAUCAUUGCUUCUCUGAUAUCGUUAGUAUUCUAGCUAGCAGAGGGGCAAAUAGUACAAUACCCACACUUUGUUCUAUUAAAUCAUCUAAUCUUACAGGCGGGUCAUGCCCUGUGAAGAAUGAUUCUACUUUUGAAAAAAACAGUAAACACAAGUAA